AUGCGUCGUGGCCAGACUUGGUUAGGGACAGUAACGCUGUUUUUUGUUCUACAGCACUCGGAAAUGAAACACAGCAAUCAUCUAGAGGAACUCGAGCUCACUCCCAGUAUAAGACAUCAUCAUAGACACAGACAUAAGCAAACUGAAGCAACCAUUGAACCCCUUAUUGUUAAAGAACCUUUAGACCAUAUAUUUGAUAGAUUGAACGUUCCUCUAACGAGUUACAGAGAAAAAACACUGUUCGAUAGAAACUUGGUAAGUUACGAUAUGGUAGCUCUUGAAGAAAGACAAAAUGAUUGGUUCAAUACGUCCAAGGAGCUGGGAGAGUUAAAAGAGAAGAAGCAUCAGCACUGGCCUAUUAAAAGAGAAGCGGUAAUCGAAGGAGAUUUGGUUCUAGGUGGUUUGAUGAUGGUACACGAAAGAUCGGAUAAUAUGACCUGUGGUCCAGUGAUGCCGCAAGGAGGUGUGCAGGCUGUGGAAACAAUGUUGUAUACGUUAGAUAUUAUAAAUAAUAAACUGAAAUUGAUACCUGGAGUUAAGAUUGGUGCUCAUAUCCUUGACGACUGUGAUAGGGACACUUAUGGAUUGGAAAUGGCUGUUGAUUUUAUAAAAGGUUCAAUCAGCAACAUAGAUGAUGCGGAGUAUGCAUGCAAUGCUACAGCCGUGAGGAAGGUGAUUUCCGGAGUGGUGGGCGCUGCAUCAAGCGUCACGUCGGUGCAAGUGGCCAACCUUUUGAGACUCUUCAAGAUUCCCCAGGUCUCCUUCUUCUCCACGUCUCCGGAACUGUCCAACAAAGCUCGUUUCGAGUAUUUCACAAGGACAAUUCCAUCUGAUAUGCACCAGGUGCGUGCAAUGGUCAAGAUUGUCACCAAGCUGGGCUGGAGUUACGUGUCCAUUAUCUACGAAGAGUCGAGCUAUGGGAUAAAGGCUUUUGAAGAGCUGGAGGCGCUAUUGGCGCGGAACGGGAUCUGCAUCGCUGUCAAAGAGAAGCUGGUGAAGGACUCCGGAGUAGCUACGGAAGCUGCUUAUGACGAGAUCGUGCAGAAGUUACUCACCAAACCGAGAGCGAGAGGGGCCAUCAUCUUCGGUUCAGAUCAAGAAGUGGCUGGUGUGAUGAGGGCUGUGGAGAGACUCAACGCUACUGGAGCCUUUAGCUGGGUUGGGUCCGAUGGCUGGAGCGCCAGGGCUCUCGUGUCCGAUGGCAAUGAAAGGGCAGUGGAAGGGACUAUCAGCGUGCAGCCUCAGGCCAACGACGUCAAAGGUUUCAAGGAGUACUUCCUGGGGCUGAACGUGAAGAAUAACAGGAGGAACCCUUGGUUUGUUGAGUUCUGGGAAGACCACUUCCAAUGCCGGUACCCUGGCAGCCUGCGCACCCCCUACAACGGGCAGUACCAUCGCGCCUGUUCCGGUAUGGAACGCCUCACCGACAGCAACACUGAGUUCGAGCGGCAGCUACAGUUCGUGUCGGACGCUGUGAUGGCCUUCGCUUACGCUAUCAGGGACAUGCACGGAGAGGUGUGCGGCGGCCGGCCGGGGCUCUGCGAGGCGAUGCGGCCAGCCAGUGGCGCCGACCUUCUGCGAUAUCUUCGGAAAGUUAACUUCACCGGUCUAAGCGGCGACGAGUUCCGCUUCGACGCCAACGGGGACGGGCCGGCGCGAUAUAACAUCCUCCACUUCAAGCAGGUGUCCCGAGGAGCCUACCACUGGGUGAAGGUGGGGCAGUACCUCGACACCGAACUGCAGCUUCAUUUAGACGCGAUCCAGUUCAAGUGGGGCGAGAGGCGGCCACCGGAGUCUGUAUGCAGUGCGGAGUGCGAGCUGGGCCAGGCCAAGCAGUACGUGGAGGGAGAGAGUUGUUGUUGGCACUGCUUCAACUGCACACAGUACGAGAUACGCUCUCCAGAACUGGAGACGGCCUGCCAGGUGUGUCCGUGGGGCACUCUGCCCGACCUAACCAAAACUCGCUGCAGAGCCAUACCGGAGGCAUACCUGAGGCCCGACUCGGCGUGGGCGAUCGGGGCCAUGUCUUUCUCUUCCGUUGGCAUACUACUCACGGCGUUCGUAUGUGGCGUGUGGGUCCGCCACAGCUCCACGCCGGUGGUGCGUGCGAGCGGGAGGGAGCUAUCUUACGUCCUGCUCGCCGGCAUCCUCAUGUGCUACCUCGUCACCUUCGCGCUGGUCUUCCGACCGACGGAUAUCUUGUGUUCAAUACAGAGGUUUGGUACCGGAUUCUGCUUCACGGUAGUCUACGCGGCCUUACUGACGAAGACCAACCGGAUCUCGCGUAUCUUCAACGCCAGCAAGCACUCCGCAAAACGGCCUAUACUCAUCUCUCCGAGUUCUCAGCUUGCGAUCUGCUCCGCACUCGUCUCUAUACAGGUUCUGAUCGUGGUGGUGUGGAUGAUCGUGGCGCCCGCACGCGCCAUGUUCCACUACCCAACUCGCGAGGACAACAUGCUGGUGUGCGACUCGUACGUGGACGCCUCGUACAUGAUCGCAUUCUUCUACCCCAUAGUGCUUAUCGUGGUUUGCACCGUGUACGCCGUGCUCACCAGGAAGAUACCCGAGGCCUUUAACGAGAGCAAGCAUAUAGGUUUCACCAUGUACACGACGUGCGUGAUAUGGCUCGCCUUCGUGCCGCUGUACUUCGGCACGGCGAGCCACGUGCCGCUUCGCAUCACCAGCAUGGCGGUCACCAUCUCCCUCAGCGCCAGCGUCACUCUUGUCUGCCUGUUCUCACCCAAGCUUUACAUAAUUCUGGUGCGUCCAGAACGCAACGUGCGGCAGAGCAUCAUGCCGGUGCGUUACAGCCGCAAGCCACCCGCCGCCCUCGCAAUACCGCACCCGCCCAACAAGAAACCGCCAUGUGCCGAUAAAGAAACACAAACAGACCCGGUGGAGUUCAACAAACUCACCAACGGUCAAACCGUCCAGGCCAAAAAUGGAGUCAACGUUAAAGACGAGAAGAAAGAUACCAGCGACAAAGUUAAAGAUAAACAUGAAAAAAAUGAUAGUGAAGGUGUAAAAUGCAACAGUGUGAAGAUAAACCGCGAAGACAAGAAAGUGCGCUCAACGAACGAGAAACGCGAGGGCUUAUAGCAACGGGAGUCGUCGAAGUCCCUCAACGACGUGGUGGCCGGCGGGAACAAUAAUUGCUUUAAGAAGAAAAGCUGCUCUUGCAAACUAAAGGAACGUAAGCCGAUUGUGGUCUGAUGCGGAACUCAGUUGUUUAGACCGCUUGUUGUUGCCGCUUGCGAUCUCACAUAGGGCUCGGAAACGACAUUUAUUUAGACUGAACCAUUUUCAUUCCAAAUUGAUUUCGGAACGCUACCUCAACCCGCUCUAUUACUAUUAGGGACGUGUACACGGAUUCAAAGCGACUUCGACAGAACGUGUCUCUACCGCGCCGGUCAAUCAACCCAGUCAACGAUCACACAAGGACCAGCGGAUUAACCGGUUAUUUAAUUUCAUUCCCCCUGAUACCGUUCUUUACAACGAUUUUCUUACUAAUGUAGCUUAACUGAUAAGUAAAAUAAACUGGCUUUCAAGCCAUGCUCUCAGACUAAAGCUAGAAACAUACUUUUAACACGUACCCGACCAUACAGGUUGGAUAACAUGUUAUGUAUUAAAAGGGACCGACCACGCGACGAAUGUUGAGUCGAGGUUUCUUCUUCUUUUCAAAUUACUUGUGUGGUGAAUUUUUUUGCGUCUUACAUCGGCGACCCAAUUAAUGUUACAAAUGCCUACAGCCAGCUGGUAAAAAUCUAAUUGAAUUCUGAUUUGAGUGGCUUGUUUCCAGUUAAUUCCCAGUCGCCCUCAUACUGAGCUUUCUUACGGGGCCCAUAGUAAGCAAUUCUUAUUUAAUAAUAAAUUAAACAGCAGUAUACAAAGCAGCAGCAAAUGCAGUUGUAGAUAAGCUACACCAAAACCUUCAGAGUCAUUUUGCGCAUAUUGUUAAAAAAAGGCGAGUUAUUGUAGUGAGUCGGGCAUGUUUGCCUAUUCCGGAGUCCCCGCUGUUCCACGCUGUGCUUCGUAAAAGAAUUGUGAGUUUCUGGGAAACCGUCCAAAAUUCUAAUAAUAGGAACAUUAGAAUCGUCGCUCAAGCUUCCCCUGACAACAUAUUUUUUAAACAUGGUUAA